AUGUUGUUCGACAUGAAAUCCAUCGUCCUCUACGGUCUCAUGGCCAUCGCCCAUGCCUCCCCCCUCCCCGAGCUCAGCAAGCGCGCCAAACUCGGCGAUUUCCAGUGUCCCGACGGCACAACCCUGUCUGAGAAUGACAUCCGCGAGGCCCUGCACCAGUGCCGCAGACUCGACGACGGCUCCAUCGGCAAGUACCCAGCCUACUUUGGCAACCAGAGCAACAACCAAAAGGUGCUCACCAAUGUUGCCGAUGGUACCACUCUGCGCGAGUUCCCUAUUAUCGUGGGUGGAGUGUACACCGGCGGCGAACCUGGAGCGUACCGCGUGGUCACCGACUACAAAGACAACCGCGGCGACUUCCGCGGUGUGAUGCAGCAUACCGGCGCAACAGUCGGCGGCGCAUACACGGCCUGCACACGUGUCACGAACACCAAGCGCGAGCCUGGCAAAGACAAAGACGACAAGGACAAGCAUGACAAGGACAAGGGCGACAAGAAGGGUAGCAACGCGGAGCGCAGCGUCCAGGAGACCGAGAUCGCAGAGGAAUCCACCGGCCACGCUAUCAACGACCUGACCACCCGCUCCAAGAAGAAGAAGAUCGGCAGCGCUACCUGCGACGAUGGCGUCACGCUCUCCAGGGACGAUGUCGUCAAUGCUUUCCAGGAGUGCAAGAAGUGGAAUGACUAUGGCGUGGGCGGUUACCCGCACAAGUUUGGCAACAAGGUCGGUAAUGAUCAACAGGUCUUUGCGGGCGUCACCAAGGACCUGCGCGAGUAUCCUAUCAUUCAGGGUGGAACGUGGACUGGCGGCGAACCUGGCAAGUACCGUGUGGUCACCGACUACAGCGACAACUUUGUUGGAGUGAUGAUUGAGUAUGCUGGUGGUUCUUUCACUCGCUGCACUGUCAACAGUGAUUAG